UCUGCCACAAAAAAUGCUUUUCCUUCGUUUGUGCGCUGGUGGUUCGAAAGCAUGUGGCCGAAAAUAAUCGUUAGCGCACGAUCCGUGCGGGCGCGCGCUAAAUUGUAAGAUUGCUUUACGUGAUCAAAUAUGGGCUUAUGUUUUCCAUUUCGUUCGCUCUCGUUUUCUGCCCCAAGUGGGGGGAAACGAAAACUCGGAAAACGCGGAAAUAUGAAUAAGGCACGCGUGCUUUUGGUGGCCGUUUGAAAUUAGUUGGUAGAGUGGAAAACAGAUCGAUGGCGGAUAAUUUCGACUGAUGAGGUAAUCCGGCAGGAAGAAGGUGAUGAAUGUAUUAACCCGUACCGUGAACAGCUUGAAAAAAAAAUGCUCCAGCAGCCUCAGUGGCAAACCGACGUACUUAUUAUUAUAUUAUACCACGCAUUCAAUGGUGGUGGUCGGCAAAGAUUAAUAAAUUGCGUCGGUAAUAGGUAAUUUCUUCGACACGCACCACACGAAGCCCAAUUUGCAUGGGAAACGGUGUAUCAAUAAAAGCACAGGGUUGGGCCAUUCGGAAUAAAAGUGAAAACUAGUGUAAUGGAUUUUAUUGAAAAUAUAUUAAGUAAACAAAUACCUACUUAUUAGAAAAGUUUUUGGAGGUAUUUUUAUCAAGGCCAUUAAAACGACCUCGAAAGCUGUCAAACCUGUCACAAGGACAAUGACGAACCGAUGAGCGUAUUGCAUACUUUCAGGCGUUCCUGAUGGACUCAAGAGACCUCUAAGUCCUCCAAUGUCCACAUUACUACUGAAGCCAUCCCAUAUCCCGUACAUCUCGAUCAGCAAACAUCGGAUGAUUAUAAUCCCAUUUGAACGUUGAACAGUAGAAAAAAAAUCGUUUAAUAAACAUACAAAUUGUCAGUUAAUUUGAAGUAAUGUCUUUAUGAUUACAUUUAUUCCUUUUUUUCCUCUCCCGCGUUUGUUUUAUUUCAUUUCUAAGCUUAACGCACAGCUCGAUCGUAAUGUCUCUGUCAGUACUUUCGUCGAAAUCAGAGCAAAAGCAUUAAAGCUACCACCGGGGAACAUGAACAACGUGCCACCAAGUCACAAACGAUGUACCAACUAUGGCUGCGCCACUUUUACGCUACUGGUGUUUGCCUUCGCGCUAACAUUACCCUUUGCAGCGGCACAGUUCAACCGAAGGCUCGGAAAAACGAACACUUCGUUCGUUUUGCGUAUCACCAAAAUGGAGUGUAUCGAUGCACCGUACAAACGAUCGCAGCUUAAUUACUGCAAAAUGGUACAGUUCGCUAAUGGUACGGUCGGGUUAAACACUUCCGUUACCAUCCCGAUAGUGCUGAACUACUUCGAGGUGACGGCGAAGUUGUUCUACAAGUACACCACCUACCGGCCGUUCAUGAUCGACUGGAGCAUCGAACUGUGCCAGGCGGAGCGGAUUGGAAAGUUUAAUCCUUCCACUGCGCUGGUGAUGCGCAUCAUUGAGGAGAGCGUCCCGGAAUUCUACUACCCCUGUCCGCACGGUAAUCGAACAUACGCCACCUUUUGGAUGUUCGAAACGAACUACAUCCCAUCAACAUUACCGUCCGGGGAUUAUCGAUUGGAUAUCUACUUCCGCGAAUCGACACGCACGGUCAUAUACGCUAUACAAAUGUACUGUUCGAUGCGUAAGCAGGGGCUUAUUGGUUAAACUGGCGCUACUAGCAGGAUCAAUAAAGCAGUUGAUAGUUUCCUAUAUAAUAUUCCGUAGAACAGCUGCUGUACGUGCUGAGCAUCCCUUUCGUGUCUUCUAUUCCAGGAUAUAAAGACCAGUCGAUCUGCCCACAACGUCUGCCAAAACAGACAGAAUGGGUCACAACAGACAAAAUGGGUUAGAUCUUUCCAAGGUCCUUACCUCCGUGGAUCGUCCACAUGUUUGGUUAGGGCAUUGGAACUUACAUUUCAGAAGUAUGUCACUUCUGGAACAAUAAUUGGAACAUCGACCAGCUUCCUACCAGUACAUUUUCUUGUUAAUGAGAUAAUCCCAUCGGUAUUUUAUACUGAAGCGGACUUGAUCUAUGACUUGACAUGACCUCUACUAUAUGCAAGAUAAGAUCAUUCAUUUGAAUAUUUAAUUUGUAAGAUAAUUGAUUGUCAUUUUCAAUUAAUGAAAAUGUAAAUGAUUCAUUUUACUGCAAAGGCAGACCAAUUCUCUAAUACCCUAACCACUUUGUUCACUCUGUUCCAACGGGGUAGGGGUGUUCCGCUGCCAAUCGCUUCACGAUGCGAUCUUACCCAACCACCAAACAGGUAGCAAACGGGAUACUGUUCUGCCUUUUCGUACAAAUUUGUUUUAUACCGUUGCCGUCGCAUUGUGCUGCCCCGAUGGGCAGAAAAUCCGCGACAGCUAACAUCACGCACAGUCUGCGCAUCACCAAGACGCAAUGCGUCGGUACACCGUACAAGCUUACCCGGCUAAACCACUGCAACAUGGAACAGCACCAGAAUGGCACGAUCAAUCUGAACGUUUCGCUUACCGUGCCGAUCGUGCUUAACUACAUCGAGAUUACGGUGAAGGUGUUCUACAAGUACACCACCUACCGGCCCUUCAUGAUCGACUGGAACAUCGAGCUGUGUCAGGCGUAUCGGUUGGGCAAAGUUGAUCCUUCCGAAGGGUUGGUGUUGAAAAUCAUUGCCGAAACACUGCCGGAAUACUACUAUCCCUGUCCGCAUGGCAAUCGAACGUACGUGACCGCUUGGCUGUUGGACCCGAAGUUUAUUCCCAAAGCGCUACCAUCUGGCAAUUAUCGUCUGGAUAUCUUCUUCCGCGAAUCGUCCAAAACGGUUCUGUUUGGAUUUCAACUGUACGGUGCAAUGCGCAAGCAAGGGCUGGUCGGUUGAGCACACAUUGCUGCGCACACGGUUCCACAUUUUUCUUCUUAUCAAUAAUAUUUGCAAUGGUAAACGGUGAUAAGAGCAAUCAUAAUAAAACAAAA